CACGUACAUAAAAAUCUCCGAAAAAAAAUUUUUUUUUCUUAUUAUGCGGUCCGGAAUGAUAACGGCGAAAUAGGUUUUAUCGAUGUUUAAAUGCGUCUAAGUGACAUUGAUUGGAAUUCAAUCGUCCAUUAACUGUAAAACACAAGUUACAGCUGAUGAUCCAAGAAUUAAUAUGGUGUUUUUCAUCGUUUGUGUUAGGUCAGGAAAUUCUAAACCUCUUCAGAACACGGCCUUCGAUAUGCCGCUCGACGAUGAAGAAGUGACUUUUUGCGAUUUAUUCAAUAAAAUAAAAAAAACUCAGCUCAAUUUGAAAGACGUCCACGAGGACGGAAUAAUAAACAUUCGAAUAAAACAGAGCAAAUCGGACGAUGGGGUUUUGAUGUCGUCUAGUGCUAUGAAGUUGUCUGUUUGUAAGACUUUAAAUUCUCACUUUGUUGAAUAUGAAAUCGACUGCAAUAACAAUUCUGUCAAUAGUGACAAUAACAAAUUAGAAGGUGAAAAUGCAUUUUCAGUUUUGAUGAAAUCCCAGACUACUUACAAGCAGCCAUUAAAACCACAAAAAGAAAAGUUGUCAGCUCCAGAAAAACUAUUAUGUGAUGUUAUAGAUUGGGUAACCAAGUAUGACAUGGGGUGGACACCGGAAACGAGUGAGACUGGACAAACUGUAGUAAAAACUCUAUCAAAUGCGUUGUGGUUUAUUGAUCACUGUCACAAAAGAUUUGAAGAUAAUGGUUGUAGAGUACCCAAACAGUUUAAACACUUUCAGGGUUAUAAUAACUUUGCCGCGUUUUAUCAUAGGGCCCCAAUCAUCACGUCUGAAAAACUUAAUGAUCAUUGUUUGAAUCUUAAUAAAUGUUUGGGAUUUCCAUCUAUGACUACAGAGAAACACAAAACAUUAGCUGGUCAUUUGGAGGAUUUAUUGUCAUGUUUGACAAAGUACAAAAUAAGACUUGACAAGGACAAUGCACGCCACAAAACGGUUUAUCACAAUAGAUCGGAGGAUGAAUGUAGAAGUGUUGAAAAAGAUUCAACAUGCUACUUUGUAACACCAGUUCCUGUUGUUCAAGACAUAUAUAAAUCGUUAGACAAAGCACUUAAGAAGGGUGGGGAUUAUAAGUAUAUUGAUCUUGAUCAGUUCACCCCAAGAGAAAGAGGUCAGCGAAGAAAGUACAUUAAAGAUUUUCACUUGACGAGGCCUGCAAUGAUUUUCAGAAUGGCUUAUGGUGGCAAUGUAGGUACUCUGAACUUUCUUUGGGGAGUUACAAAUGAAAACGUGCCUGCAAAUACAACAAAAAAAUGCUAAAAUAACGGCUGAAAUAAUGAAAUCCCUUCCAAAGUUUUCUACCAGGGCUAUGAGACGUGACUUCAUCAACAAAUACGCUAAACAUGUGAAGACUCCAAAGUCUCUUUUACGCCACAUGUAUAAUGAACUUACACAAACUGAAUCCCAAGAUGAAAAUGAUGAACAGAAAAUGCUGAAUGAAAGGGUAGCAGAAAUUCUAUUGGAAUCAGAUGAUCCUCAGCUCCUUUUGGACUACCGUGAACUGAAUGGAAAAAGUGUAAACGAGAAGUACAACAUAUUCUUUAAUGAAAUGGGGCAAUACUUUGAAAAACAGUUGCUGCCAGUGAAUGAAAGAAGACAUGGUAAUGAGCUUUACCUCCCCCUUGCUAUUUCAGUUGAGGAUUUGAAAUCUCAGGUGACUAAGCAAUGCCCACCAGGUACCCCAAUUCCAAGUUCAGAGACUAUAAGACUUCAAUUUAUGCCAGGAAAUCCAUUCCAGAAAACUGCUUUGAGAUAUACUGGACGCUUCAAUGUUAAAUUCAGGGUACAGACAAGGCAAGCGCGUCUUUAUCAUCCGGAUGGACGUUAUGUUGCAACAAUGUUCAGAUACCUAAAACAGUUCUGUGUUAGAUUUAGGGAAGAGUCAUUAUUCAUCUGUCUUGAUGACAAAGCCAUAGUUCCAGUGGGUGACCCAGGUGUACCAAUAUCUACGGGGGUUAGAGGACAUAAUAAAGUUAUGACACCAGCCAGUGGACCAGAACUUGUUGCAGCAGAUCAUGACUUUCAUGUUGCUGGUUUGGUUCCAUCAGUUGUUCUUGUCACUGAAGCCCCUUCUAGUUCAAAUGAUAGUUUUUUCACUGGUAAAGUCUAUGUUACUACAAAAGACAAGGUUUUUCAAUCUUCACACCCUUUUAGACAUACGACAGAGCUGAUAAGAAUUCUUAGAGAACACCAUUCCUCUGAUAAUGUUAACCUGGAGGUACCGAUCUUGUGUAUGAUGACAGACGGAGGCCCUGACCACCGUGUUACGUAUGAAUCAGUAAAAGCAUCUCUUGUUCAGCUGUUGAUGCAGCUUGACCUCGACAUGCUAAUCGCAAUUAGAACUGCGCCAAAUCAGAGUUGGGUAAAUCCGGCAGAGAGAUGCAUGUCAAUUCUAAAUCUUGCCUUACAACAUGUAGCUUUGUCUAGGGAGAAAAUGUCAGAUGAAAUGGAAAAAAAAUAUUAAAGAUAAAACAUCCUUGAAUGCUAUUCGUAAUGCUACCACUAAAACUCAAGAGCUCAAACAAGCAUUUGGUGAUAGUAUGCAGAGUGUCAUUGCAACAGUUAAUGAUCGAUUCAGUAGAAUGAAGUUGAAAGGUGUCCCAUUCACUACCUACACUGGGGCAUCUGCUGAAGACAUUGAGGAUAGUCUGAAAAUUCUAUGUGAUACUACUGGUGCAAAUCCUUCUAAACUCCAUUCAUCAGCAACGAGCAAGGAAAUAAAAACUAGCAAGGAAUUUCAGGAUUUCAUCAAAAUUCACGGGGAGAGUAAUCAUUACAGUUUUCAGCUGAAAAAGGGCCAAGGGGAUAACCUGUGUCAAUAUUGUACUAUCUGCCCUUCUCGACGCAGAGACGGCUUCAGUUCUUGCCUUGCCCUGUCCCAGAUGAAGGUGGUCAACAUUACAGAGACUUUAAUGAGCUAUAUGGAAAGGACAUUGAUGGCAGCCAUAGACCUUCGGCUAAGACAACUUCAGUAUUCGAUGACGAAUCUGUUGUAUGUGACCUUAGAAACAGGGAUAUAUUGAAAGCAGUCAAAGCAAGAGAUGCGAUAUCUUGUUCCGAGUGUGCCAAGCCGCGGGUGGUCUAUUCUGCUGUUAAGAUGACUAGGGAGCAGGAUACAGCGUUACGGCGUUUACGAGAAGAAAACAGUUACACAUGUGGUGACAGUGUGGAAGAGUAUGGCCUUGUGACAAAACGGGCAUUGUCAUGUACAUCUGAAAUUGAGCUAACAUAUUAUGGACAAGGGGUUAGGUCAUACCUGCCCCCAUGUUGUAUUUAUUGUGGACAGACAGAAAACCUGCUGGAUGACACAGAUCCAUAUAUAGCAAAACUUUUUGA